AUGAAAUCUGCCAAAUCAGCUUAUUCAUUGAGUACAAAUUUAGCCAGUUAAUACACAGAAAGAGUUUAUAAAACUAAAAAGCCUGUUCUUCGUAUAAACACAGAAACUAGUCAGCGGAUCAAAAGUGCUUAGAUUGGAUCCUCAUCUAGAAAAUGCUAUACAAAUACUAGUAGAAUCAUUGAAAAUUAGACUGCAUCUAAGAUUCCAUUACAAAUAUAUUAAAGAUAUUUAGAAGAAUCUUUCAUGUCUAAUAAUCAUGAUAAAAUUGUAAAGGAAGCUAAAUUAGUGGCUCCUACUGUAAUUAAUCAUCUUAAUAUUAACUUUUAUGAAACUCAAUAAUUGAGUCAUGGAAUGAGUCUUUAUGAUAAGCAUCCUAAUUUACUCUUUAAAAUGUAUGAAACACUUAUAAAUCUCGAUAAAAAUGUAAUGUAAGAAUUAUUCUUAUAUGAAACUUUGGCUGAUAAAGAUUAAAUUGGAAUGAAGGAAAAGAAGGAUAGAAACAUUACAGAUAAUUUUAGAUUUGAUUUUUUUAUCAAGGCUAUAAAUAUAAUGGAUGACUUUAUAACAACAUUAAUUAAAAUUAUAGAUGAUAAAACUCUGGCAGUAUUUAUUGAAUAAUUAUGGAAAUUUUGGGUAGUACUCCUUGAUCUUAAUACUUAAUGGUCAUAAACUAGAUAUAAAGCCUUAUUAGAUAUUCAAGUUGGAGCGGUAGAAGCAUAAUUAAAAGAUUGUUAGUUUAGUUUGGAUGCUUUAAGAGAGAAAUAUAUUUAAAAGAUAAAAGGACAUCAAUUAAGAGUUGCAGUAGAGUAGAAAAAGAAUUUACAUCUUAAAGAAGAGAAUUUGAAAUGGCUUUAAAUGUAUUCUGAAUUGGAAACAAAAAUAGAGGAAUUAAACAAUUUAGAGAAUGCAGAGGGAGAGAUUAGAAAAAUAAAUUUAGAUUUAAAAGAAAUGGAUUUUCAAUUUAAUGUUUUUUAAAAAAAUAUGAUAGAUUCAUAAAAAUAAGUUUGUACUACUGUAAAGAAUUUGGCUACUCUUAUAAAACGAAAAGAUUAAAAAUCUUAUACAGAAUUUACAUAUGAAGAAUUAAAUCUAUUAGAGUAUCCUGGAUUUAAUGAUGACUAUUUACUUAUAAAUCCUAUUAUAUUUCUCAUGUAAAUAAGAGCCAAAGAUUAGAAGACAACUCCAAAUGAUUUUUUAUCAUUCUUAGUUUAAAAUAUACAUUAAUAUCCUAAUAUGUCAGGACCUGAAUUGUUUAUGUAAUAUAUAGAAAUAGAUUUUAAUAAAGCACAUUUUCUUAAGGAUCUAAUAAAAACUACUGAUGAUGAUAUAAUCAAUAUAACAAAAUUAAUUUUAGGAAUAGGUAAUAAAAAUCCAGUUAGUCAUCUUGUAAUUUUGGAGACAAUUAAAUUAUGUAGAGCAAUUGAGAAUCAAUAUAAAAGUUUGGAAUAAUCUCAAACAGCAAGUCUUAAUAAAAGAACAAGUCUUAUUUUGAGUUAAGAAAAAUCUUUCAAUCAUAAUAUUGAUUUAAAUCAAGAGUAUCCAGUUGCAGGGUAUAUUUAUAAAUAAAAUUGUAGAUCUGAAAUUACAUUAGGAUAAUAAUUAUAUGAGUAAAUACUUUAAAUUAGUACAACAACCAUAAAACUUAGUAAAAUAAUGUAUAUUGCAAUUAAAUAUUAUGCUGAAAAAGAAUAUGGUAAAUGGUAAAGUUGUAGUUAUAUAUGGUAAUAAGGUACUUUGAAAAUUGAAUCUCGUUGGGAUUAAUAAGAAUAAUUUUAAAAUAUGGAUAGUUUUCUUGUAAUUAAUAGAUUUUAUAUAUAGGUUUGGUAAUUUGUAAAUCUAAAAUAUAAGAAUUUGAAAAAUUAAGAUCAAUCUUCCUUAGAUUAAUGUUUCAAUUGGGUAUAUAAAAUUUGGCUUAUGCGACCUAAAAUAUUUAUUAAACCAUCUAAUGAUCAUAUUGAAACUUAGAGAAGCUCUCAUACAAAUCAGAAACCAUAAGACAAAUUGGCAAUACCAUAUAAAAAAUCAAUAACUCUUAUAGACUCUUAGAGAAAAAAAUGA